UCUCUCUCUCUCUCUCUGUGAGUGCGCGCGCGCGCCUGCUGUCGGACGCGCGCUGCUGAGUGUGUUUUCUCUCUCAUGGAGGAUUUUCAGGAACUAACAGGAAAGCAGGAGAAACUCUGAAAGUUCGAGCGGUGCGGCUGACGCGCGCGGCCCGCGUCUUCUGAGCGGCUUUCUCAGCGGAUCCGGACGCGUUUCGGAGGACUGUGGACUCGGCGAUGGCCGGCGCGUGUCCCGCUCCGCCGCUCUGGUAUCACCGGGAUCUGAGUCGCGCGGCGGCGGAGGAGCUGCUGGCUCGAGCCGGGCGGGACGGGAGUUUCCUGGUGCGGGACAGCGAGAGCGUCAGCGGCGCAUACGCGUUAUGCGUGCUGUUUCAGAAACACGUUCACACGUACAGGAUCCUGCCUGAUGAGGAGAACUUCCUGGCGGUGCAGACGUCUCAGGGUGUUCAGCCCAAGCGCUUCAAGACUCUUCCUGAGUUGAUUCAGUUGUAUCUGCAGCCCAGUCAAGGCCUGGUGACCACACUGCUGUUUCCAGUGGAGAGAGAGGAAACCACAGAAGAGAGAGAUUACUCGGAUGGAGAAGAUGAGAAGCCGCCCCUCCCUCCACGCACCGCCUCCACCAGCCCUGCAGGCUCCGCCCUCGUCAGUCCAGACACGCCCCCUGAGAACGUGACGGCGGCGAACGGUCUGAGCACCAUCUCUCACGAGUAUCUGAAGGGCAGCUACGCUCUGGAUCUGGAGGCUGUCAAACAGGGAGCGAACAGCCUUCCUCACCUCAACAAGACACUGGUGACGUCCUGCAAACGCCUGCAUGGGGAGGUGGAUAAGGUCCUGUGCAGUCUGGAGAUCCUGUCGAAGGUCUUCGAUCAGCAGAGCGCCUCCAUGGUGUCCAGAAUGAUCCAGCAGAGCGUGUCUCAGGCUGGAGAUCAGGAGCUGGAGCAUCUGGUCACUAAACUGGCCAUCCUCAAAGAUCUGCUGUCAUCUAUAGAGAAGAAGGCUCUGAAGGCUCUUCAGGACAUGAGCUCCUCGACUCCCAACAUCUCACCGCUCAUCUCCAUCAGACACAAAGCUAUUCCUGUGCAGACCUUCGAGGUGAAACUGGACGUGUAUCUGGCCGACCUGACGAAGAUCGGGAAGAGUCAGAAAUACUCUCUGAGUGUGGACGUGGAGGGAGGAAAACUGGUGGUGAUGAAGAAGAUGAAGGACGCGCAGGAAGACUGGAACACGUUCACACACGACAAGAUUCGGCAGCUGAUAAAGUCUCAGCGUGUUCAGAAUAAACUCGCCAUCGUCUUUGAGAAGGAGAAAGACAAAAGCCAGAGGAAGGAUUUUAUCUUUGCUAGUGCAAAAAAAAGAGAAGCGUUCUGUCAACUACUGCAACUCAUGAAGAACAAACACUCCAAUCAGGACGAGCCCGACAUGAUCUCCAUCUUCAUCGGAACCUGGAACAUGGGCAGUGUUCCCGCUCCGAAGUCUCUGUGCUCGUGGAUCUUGUCCCGAGGUCUGGGGAAGACUCUGGAUGAGAUGGCGGUGACGAUCCCUCAUGACAUCUAUGUGUUCGGGACGCAGGAGAACUCGGUGUGUGAUAAGGAGUGGGUGGAGACGCUCCGCUGCGUCCUCAAAGACUACACCGAGAUCGACUACAAACCUAUCGCUGUGCAGACGCUGUGGAACAUUAAGAUUGUGGUGUUAGUGAAGGCUGAACACGAGAACCGCAUCAGUCACGUGGGAAUGUCCAGCGUCAAAACGGGGAUCGCCAACACACUCGGAAACAAAGGAGCAGUGGGCGUGUCCUUCAUGUUCAACGGAACGUCGUUUGGUUUCGUUAACUGUCACUUAACAUCCGGCAAUGAGAAGAUCCACAGACGGAACCAGAACUAUCUGGACAUCCUGCGUCAGCUGUCGCUGGGCGAUAAACAGCUCAACUCCUUCGACAUCUCGCUGAGAUUCACGCAUCUCUUCUGGUUCGGCGACCUCAACUACCGGCUGGACAUGGACAUACAGGAAAUCCUCAACUACAUCAACAGGAAGGAGUUUGAGCCAUUGUUGAAGGUGGACCAGCUAAAUCUGGAGAGAGAGAAGAACAAGGUCUUCCUUCGCUUUGCGGAGGAGGAGAUCACCUAUCCUCCCACGUACCGUUACGAGCGCGGCUCUCGAGACACUUACGUCUGGCAGAAGCAGAAGGCCACUGGGAUGCGGACCAAUGUUCCUUCAUGGUGUGACCGAAUCCUCUGGAAAUCCUAUCCGGAGACACACAUCGUGUGCAACUCUUACGGCUGUACAGAUGAUAUCGUCACCAGCGAUCACUCGCCUGUCUUCGGCACGUUCGAGGUGGGCGUCACGUCUCAGUUUGUGUCUAAGAAAGGUUUGCCCAAGUCUUCAGAGCAGGCCUACAUUGAGUUUGAGAACAUCGAAGCCAUCGUUAAAACGGCCAGCAGAACCAAGUUCUUCAUUGAGUUUUACUCAACGUGUCUGGAGGAGUUUAAGAAGAGCUAUGAGAACGACACUCAGAGCAGUGAUAACGUGAACUUUCUCCGCGUUGGCUGGUCGUCCAAACAGCUGACCACACUGAAGCCCAUCCUGUCUGACAUCGAGUAUCUGCAGGACCAGCAUCUGCUGCUGACCGUCAAAUCCCUGGACGGAUACGAGUCCUACGGUGAGUGUGUUCUGGCUCUGAAGUCCAUGAUCGGCAGCACGGCUCAGCAGUUUCACACGUAUCUGUCUCACCGCGGAGAAGAGACCGGAAACAUCCGUGGCUCCAUGAGGGUCCGAGUCCCAUCUGAACGCAUGGGAACAAGAGAACGACUCUACGAGUGGAUCAGUGUGGAUAAGGACGAGACCGGUGGACCCAAAGGCAGGACUCUUUCUCCUCGCACUGGACACGACUAUGUCAAACCGUCCACCAGCAGGAAGUUGGGGUCAGCUGACCUCGGGAAGGUCUCAGAGGAAGGAGAGAAGAGACAUCCACACACACACACCUGUAAAGAGGAGAGCGCGCAGAACAGAGGCAAACAGGAUCCGUUUGAGAGCGAUGUAACAACCGGCAAAAACAGCUUCAAUAACCCCGCCUACUACAUUCUAGAAGGCGUUCCCAACCAAUCCGCUGCUCUGGCCUCUGACAUGCUCCCAAGCUCCGCCCUCCCUCCGCUAGCCAAUAAAACAGCUCCUCCUGCUGGCGGUGUGGGGAAAAACAAGCCGCCCAGCGGGAGUUCUGCAGCAGGUCGAAGGCAGACGGCUGGACGCCCGGUUCGGCCCAUCAGUGAGGAGUGGGUCAUCGGAGGACGACGGGAACAUCGGGCCUCACGUGGGGUCAUUGAACCGACCCCCGCCUGACUUCCCUCCCCCUCCGCUGCCAAAAGGACCUCUGGAGAUGGUGGAGAACUCGUUCGGAAAACCUCGGAUGUUUCCAGACCUCGCCGACAUCAAGAUCCCGUCCCCGUCUGUAGUUCCGUCCAAACCGCUGCCAUCGCCCAGCUUCACACCGCCCUCUGGAGGAGGCGUGGCCUUCUGUCUGGAAGCACCACCCACUAACCCGAGCCCUUUCC